CAGCAGGCCCAUCACCAUAGUGUCUCUCCGCUUUCUCCAAAUUCUUUAUUCCUUACCCUAUCCCGUUGUAUAAGUACCCACCCCUUCUCUUUCCCUCCCAAAACCACCUUCUCUUUCAGCUCUGAGGUCUCCACCACCACAAGUACAUAAGAAGAAGAAGAAGAAGAAGAAAUGACGAUGAGCAGCCAUAUUGGGCCUUUUGGAGAUACGACACUGACCAAAGUGUUUGUUGGAGGAUUAGCAUGGGAGACACCAACGGAAGCCUUGAGAGAGCACUUUGAGAAAUAUGGUGAGAUCCUGGAGGCUGUCAUUAUCUCUGAUAAAGUCACUGGCAGAUCCAAGGGCUAUGGAUUUGUCACGUUUAGGGAUGCUGAAUCAGCAAAAAAGGCUUGCGAAGACGCUGCUCCCAUCAUCAACGGUCGCCGAGCCAACUGCAAUUUGGCUUCUCUUGGUGCUCGCCGUCCGAGGUCCACCACUCCGGCUCCUCCUCAACAUGGAUCCAACGUUGGACCGAAAUCCACAUCACCAGCACCAGCAAAUCACGUGCAGUGGUACUAUCCAGCUGGUUCACCUUUAUCCCCAUAUCAUCAUCAUCAGCACCACUAUCAGGCCGUUCCCUUUUAUGGCUACACCCCAACUUACGUUGCAACUGACAUCAGUUACAAUCAUAAGCUGAGCUACACAGGCGGGUCCUACAUGAACGGGCAUUUUUCUCAGGUGUAUCCAGGGCAGCCCAUUAUGGGUGCGAAUCCAGCGAUGCCAAUGUACCCGUUUUAUCAAUUCCAUCAAUCACAGACGAUGGGCCUACGUGCCCAUAUCUUCCCACCAACAACAGCGGGCCCCCUGACGACAGUCCCCACCAUAAUACCAAAGACUCCAUCGAUAGCUCCUAGCCCAGAGACAGUUUGCUUGGCUGUGGAAUAGGUUCGCUUGGCACAGAGAAAUGCUUUAAAAUGGCCGGCUAAGGACAAACAAUGAGGGAGGAUGGUACUGGCAGCUGCUGCAAAGACAACAUUAUUUUCUUAUAUGUUGUGGCUAUUAAUUCUUCCCUAUUUAUUUAUUUUUUAAAUAUUUCUUAUUAUGAUUCUUAAUUAGGUGUUUGAUAAUAUUCUUUCAUCUCUUCUUCUCUC